GAGACUGGUGUUCCGGGUCGGCGAGGCGGUGUCGCUGGUGUCCGUGGCGGGCAUUUCGGGGCGGUCUCCGGGAGCUGUGUGUGCAAGGAGCCCCCGCACCCCAACCCAUGCUGGUUGAGGGAAUAUCGCCUGCCGCACCCCGUUUUCUGUUUCUCGCCGCCCUGGCGCGGGUGUCCGGUGCUCGUAGGACUUGAUUCUGCACCGCAGGAGUCGGCAAUUCAAGCUCUACAUUUGUAACAUUAAUUUGCUGUCUCCGGAUUGGACCAUUCUCAAGAACUGACAUUAACUUUCCUACAACAUAAAAGCAAGGGGAGAGGCAGAAGCAGAGAGAACAGCAGACCCGAUCACGCUGAGCUCCCUCGUGGUGGCCGGGACCCGUGGAAGAUGCUGACUGCCAGGUGGCCGAGGAGGCUCUCACUCUAAGGAGAGAAAGCAGGUCUUGGCUGGACAGCUUCCUCCGUUCCAGGCUUACCAUGGCCUCUGCUCCCUGGCUGGACGGCUGAUGUGACCCUGUGUCCCCAGUGUGCAAGCUACUGGACAGGGCACUAGCCCGGUACCCCUGCUCUCAGGGUCUGGGAAGCAGGGCAGGUGGGCAUCAAAUGCUACCGACAGCUGGACGAGGCAGAGUGAUGGACUCAGGCAAGCUAAUAAGAUGGAAGUGACCUGAGGCCUCGCCCAGGUGGUUUCCUCUGGACAGGACAGCUUAAGAGUCGGAGCACAGCCUGUCUGGGGAAGCAGUAUGCAGGAAGCUGGUUCUCAGGCCACAAAUGCUUUCACAGAGUGCAAAUUCACCUGCACCAGUGGUAAAUGCUUGUAUCUUGGGUCACUAAUCUGUAACCAACAGAACGACUGUGGGGACAACAGUGAUGAAGAAAACUGCCUCCUGGUGACUGAACAUCCACCUCCAGGCAUCUUCAACUCGGAGCUGGAGUUUGCCCAGAUCAUCAUCAUUGUUGUGGUGGUCACGGUGAUGGUCAUGGUCAUAGUCUGCCUCCUGAAUCACUACAAAGUCUCCACACGGUCAUUCAUCAACCGCCCAAGUCAGAGCAGGAGGCAAGAGGACAGGCUACAGUCGGAAGGGCACCUGUGGCCUUCAGACAGCUCUGGGUCUCGACCAGAUGCUUCUGAGACCAUGUAUACCCCUCGGCCCAGGGACAGGUUUGCUGCCCCUUCCUUUAUGCAGAGGGAUCGGUUCAGCCGCUUCCAGCCUACCUACCCCUACGUGCAGCACGAGAUUGACCUUCCUCCUACUAUCUCCCUGUCUGAUGGGGAGGAGCCGCCUCCUUACCAGGGACCUUGCACCUUACAACUCCGGGACCCUGAGCAGCAGAUGGAACUCAACCGAGAAUCUGUGAGGGCACCUCCCAACCGAACCAUAUUUGAUAGUGAUUUGAUUGACAUUUCUGUGUACAGUGGAGGCCCGUGCCCACCCAGCAGCAACUCGGGCAUCAGUGCCAGCACCUGUAGUAGUAACGGAAGGAUGGAGGGGCCACCCCCAACAUACAGUGAGGUGAUGGGCCACUACCCGGGUUCUUCUUUCUUCCAUCACCAGCAUAACCAUGCACACAGGGGGAGCAGACUGCCGUUUCAGCAGGACAGCUCUGGGGACACAGGAAUACCCAUCCAGGGCAAAGACAGGAAGCCUGGGAACCUUGUCUGACCCCAGUUCUUAUUCCAGCUGAGAAAGGAGAUAAGAAGGGGAAAAGGCCCUCUGCUCCACUCAGUGUUACUCAGUUUUACGUGCGAUAGCCAAGUAAAACCAAAUGUGCAAACAUGGUCUGUUUCUGAUUCCUUUCAGGGGAAUUGCAUGCAAACUAGACUUAAAUAACACAAACUUUGAUGUAGUCUGACUGCAAAAAGUUAUUUGGUGAUUGCCAUUAGGAUGGGGGUGGUUUGGCAGCAGGUGGGCAUGGGGAUGGUGAAAAAGAGAUGUUUUUAAAAUAUCAUGAAAUAAAACCCAUACAGGUAUUUGACUUAUUUAACUAUGAAUGGAAGAUUUUGCAGAUAGAGGCCAUAAUGGCCUGUUUUAUAAUUAUUGGAAGGAAGAGUUAUUUUAUAUUAUCAUGGGGCAGAAUAGGCCAGUUUGCUUUUUCUCCCAAGGUGUGGAACUUUUAUUUUGUUUUAAAAAUAUGAUUCAAAAUUCCUGUUUUGUGUGCCAAGAUAUCAAGUGGAAAGGCUAGAUGAAUGCAGGGAGUUACUUUGUGUUGUGAUGAUGUGUUUUUAAAAGUUGCACUAUCUAAAUGUUUAUAUGUGAGGGAAAUGUUUUAAGUAAAGUAUAUGUUCUGUAUGUCUUUUCACCUGUGGAUUGUUCUUAGGCCCAAGGAAUACCAGGAGUGUUCCCCAUAAUCAUGCAAGAAAAAACAUUAGGUGAUUUAGCCUAAUAUAGGUUGACUUACGUAAAAGAAGAAAAUCAUCUUUGUUGCAAGAAUUUCCAUCAGAUAGAUAGCAGUGCAUCACUGAAACAUUUGAGUGGGAGACAGGAAAUACUAAAUUCCAGUAUUUCUGACUUGUCAUUCUGGUAGUUUUAGGCUGUAUUUUUAAUUAAAAUGAACCCAACACUCAAAACACAGCACCAGGUAAUGCUGCCCUUAGCCUCCACAGUGUAACUUCUUCAGUAAUUUUGAUUUUUUUCAUUAUAGCAUGAAAUAUACUCAGAUACAUAACUUUAUGCAAUAAGUAGUUUAAUAUGCAAGUUGAUUAUUUUGAUAAUGGGGUUUCUCACCUCAUGGUCGCUUUCCCUCCCAAGAUAGUUCCCUUCAGUCCUGAAUGCUGUUUGGUAUGCUAGGCUCUUGGCUCCUCCCUGUGGUCCUGAGUGUGAGCACAGCAGCUCUUCCUGCUCGGGAAGCCCUGGUGCUGAGGGAUGUACACCAAGCCUUCUGCAGGAAAAUCAGCCAUUGCAUCACUUGUGCAGCAUUCCUGGAGGGAUGUGUUACCCCAAACCCAGCUAAGUUUAGCCUUGGUGAUGCAGCCAGAACAGAUGAUCAAUGAAAAGUGGCAGGAGUGAUUUUAAAAGCACAGGACAAAAAGCACAACAUACAGAUCAAAUGAAACUAGAAGACUAAUUAAAUAUUAUUAGUCAUAGUUUUAAUAUUCCUGAUAAUUACAUACAUUUGUUCUUACAUAAAAUAAACCACUUUUCUUCUGUGGACACAAGUAUCUAGCUUUGUAACAGCAGCAGCCAGGAGGUCCGUUGCCUCCCAAACAGGGCUUCUUGAGCAAGUGGCCUGCCAUGUGCAGUGAGUUCCCUGUGGCCUCUCAUUGUUGCUGUGGGUGAGAGGGUUAAACUCUGGUUUAACCCCAACUUAGCAGGCAUGCACUGAUGUGUCUAGGGGUCUCUGUAGCAGUUUAUCAGUGAGGUGGUUGUGUUGUUGACUGAAAGCUGGAGAGACUGUUCUGACCCCAGGUCCUGUUUAUGCUCUCUGUUCCUUUCUGCUGCUUCUCUUGGUCUUUGUUCUAAUCUUGCUUUGAGGUUGGAAUUGUCAUUAGAUUCAUCUGUUUCACACAGUAACAUCUACAGAACUAACCAAGCUGCUAAAGGAAAAUAUUUGGGCAGCGGCUGUCACUCCUGCUUUACAACUUAUAUGGAAUUGUGUGUUUGCUGAGGCCGCAGUGGGGUCCCAAAUGGGACAGAGCCCCAGGAAAUUUGACUGGGAACCAGAAUUGUCUUCUGCCACCCAGAGGCCUCCUUAAAGGUCAGCUAGAAACUAGCCUGUGCACCUGUGUUGGAGGAAGUUGGGGAACUCCACAACAUAGCGCCUAGCCCCCACAAUCUGGUAUCUUCAUCUGGUAAA